UGAAGCUGCCAUUUGCUCUCCAAGCGGAGCGCCUCCCCCCGGCAGCUGAAUUCACAAGAGGGGAGGGGGUGAAAAAGACCCCCAACCCCCCCGCGCGCGAUGGUGAAUUGCUGCUAUUCGCUCCUGCUCCCCGGAGAGCCCGCUCUUUGCCCGGCACCCCAGCCAGGACACGCGGGGGGCCCUGAGCAUGUACAGAGAGGGACGUGCGCAUGUGGCCGGAGCUGAACAGGCAGGGUUGAGCCCCGGAGCCUCGCCUCUACAGCGAAAAGUGCCGGGACUCAAACCCGCCUGAGGAAGAGUAGGGGAUGCAGCCCCGUCGGAACCUCUUGCGACAAGCGAGGGGAGGGUGGCACUCUGUAUAUGCUCGAGGGAGGCUGCGCGCCCACACUUUCUCUUUUUGCAAACCGGUGCCGUCUCGCGGGGGGGGCUUAUCUGCCUGUUGCAGCGUCCCGCUCUCCCGGUGACGUCUUCGCCUCCCCCCUCCCUCAACCAGCUCCCGUGCGCGCCCUGCCAUUGGCUGCGGAGGUGCCCACGUGACCGCGGCCCGGAGGCCAGCCAUGGCUUCACUGUGGUCCGCUCCGCCCUGCAGCCCGGACUCGGGUCUGGAGCAGCCCCGGCAGUGAGGAGGAGGAGGAAGAAGAAGAGGAAGGCGGCAGAAACGGGCGGCAUGGGGGAGAAGGCGGGAACCAGAGUUUUCAAGAAGUCGAGCCCCAACUGCAAACUCACCGUCUACUUGGGAAAGAGAGACUUUGUGGACCACUUGGACAGAGUCGACCCCGUAGAUGGCGUAGUGCUGGUGGACCCUGAAUAUCUCAAGGACCGGAAAGUGUAUGUGACGCUGACCUGCGCCUUCCGAUACGGCCGCGAGGACCUGGACGUGUUGGGGCUCUCUUUCCGCAAGGACCUCUUCUUGGCCUCAUGGCAAGCCUUCCCACCUGCUGAGGACGCAUCUGAACCUCUCACCCGCCUGCAGGAACGGCUGCUGCGGAAACUGGGUGCCAACGCCUACCCCUUCAGUUUCAUAAUCCCACAGAACCUGCCAUGUUCAGUUACCCUGCAGCCAGGUCCUGAAGACACAGGAAAGGCUUGUGGAGUAGAUUUUGAGAUCCGGGCUUUUUGUGCCAAAAAUCAAGAUGAGAAGAUUCACAAAAGGAAUUCCGUCCGUCUUGUCAUCCGGAAGGUCCAGUAUGCCCCAGAGAAGCCCGGCCCACAGCCCAUGGCUGAGACCACCCGCCAUUUCCUGAUGUCCGACCGCUCUUUGCACCUUGAAGCUUCUCUUGACAAGGAGCUUUAUUAUCACGGUGAGCCAAUCAGCGUCAACGUGCACGUUACAAACAAUUCCAACAAAAGCGUCAAGAAAGUGAAGGUGUCCGUGCGGCAGUAUGCAGACAUCUGCCUUUUCAGCACAGCCCAGUACAAGUGCCCCGUGGCCCAAAUUGAACAGGACGACCAGGUGGCCCCCAGCUCCACCUUCUGCAAGGUCUACACGCUCACGCCACUGCUCAGCAGUAACCGGGAGAAGCGCGGCUUGGCUCUCGACGGAAAGCUCAAGCACGAAGACACCAACCUCGCCUCUUCCACCAUAGUGAAGGAAGGUGCCAACAAGGAGGUCCUGGGCAUCCUCGUCUCCUACCGCGUCAAAGUCAAACUCGUGGUGGCCAGAGGAGGGGAUGUCUCUGUGGAACUGCCUUUUGUCCUCAUGCACCCCAAACCACCGGACCAGCCCUUGCCGCCCCAGCCUCCAUUAGCCGCUCCAGAGACAGACACGCCAGUCGACACAAACCUCAUUGAGUUUGAAACCAACUACGGUCAGGAUGACGACAUUGUCUUUGAAGACUUUGCCCGCCUGCGGCUGAAAGGGGUGAAGGAUGACAAAGAGGACGAUGAACAGUUCUGCUAGGGAGGGGGCUGCCCCCCCCAGCCCCACACAAGCCCAGCAGGUCCAUCCAGGAAUAGCUGGGGGGUGGAAGACAGAGAGGAAAGAGACACCCCCCCCUUGUACGAAUGUCGCCUUGUCCUCCUAUCCUUUGUCAUAGGAGCCGUUGCCCCUCUGCCUUGUCUCUUUAGUGCUGUAUGGGGGGGAGGUUACCUGGGGGGGGCUUUUAAUGUGACUAAAAUUGGGGAGUGGGUUGCCCCAGCUUUUCUUCUCUCCUCCCCCUUUGCUUUGCUGCUCCUGCAUCAUUUUCCAGGUGGGGUUUUAACUUUUAAGGACCCCCCACUUGUUUAACGCACUGGAAUCAUUUCUUGGGCAUUAUCGUCUGAUGGUUGUAUUUCCAAGCACCACAAUGUGUGUCUCUGUCUCUGCCCACCCCACCCCCACUGUCAAGAAUUCCCCCUUGUCUUACUUUUAAAUGCUAUUUUAACUGGUUAGGGUAAUGUUGGUAACACAAUUCCCACCUCUCUCCUUAAAAUCAAUUGGGGGGGGGAGAUGAAGCACCUUUGUCUACCCCCCCGACCCGUCAAACCCCAGAAGGCAGUGGGAAGAGAGCCAAAAGCACACACACUUCCCCCCCCCCCCGCUGGGAUUGGGGCUUCUUGAGCCAACUGGGGGAAGGGCACAGCCUAUGCCAGAACGUCUGUCUCUCUCUCCUUUGUGCCCCCCCAUGUUUGCAAAUGUCUCCCCCCCCCCCAGUACUGCAUUUGUCUGUAAACAGGUGCAGGGAAGAGGGUGCAAAGGCCAUUAUUUCCUACAUUGUCUGAGCAGAGAGGAACAACUGAAUUAAAAAAAAAUGGUUAACAGA